AACGAACCAAAAAUCUAUAAGAUACGAUGAAUAAAUCGCGAGUCGAGCCCAAAACACGUUCGAAACCGACCAAUAAAUCGUCGAAAACCCUGUAAUCAAGAAAGCAGCAAUUUUCGCGCGACGUCUGUGUAAGUUUCUGUUGAAAUCGAAACAAGCGCGACGCUCUGUGUUGUGUAUCAAAUAGUUUGUGUUGUACCGGUGCUAUGCUUGUUAAAAACAACCAAAUAUUCCCAGAAAAUGUCCACUGUAAAACGUAUCACGCGCAACGCUUCUCGGGCCGCAAGCAAAUCACGCGCACAAACUGAAGCCGCGCUCCGAAACAGUUCGCGAAGUAGCGCGAAAGACAAACUGCGAAACAUUACCAACACGAUCGGAAUGUCAACCGGCGAGGAAGUGGCGGGUGCGGGUGGUGAUCCACCAGCGAAAAAGAAGCGAAAAUCCGACCCCAUCAACAGUCUUCCCUGCAGCGCAUCACCAAAAGCGCCACCGUUCGCGAUGGCUGCUGCUGGUGCCGCCCCAUCCCAGUCCGAGCUGGUGCCGUUCGAAAAGCUGCUGCUCGUGCUGGGCAGGAACUACUUCGACGUUUGCCAGCGGCUAGCGCUGGACUAUGUGCCGCGCUGCGUCCACAGCAUCACCGACUGUGCCCAGCGUCACGCGAACAAGCGCAGCCCGCGGGCAAAGUGCGUCGGCUCGUUGCGGCAGUUGAGCACGCACGACCAGCUGCUCGAGCAUCGGCCGAAUCAGUUCGUCGAGUUCGUAAACCAAGCGAUCCUGCGGCAGGAGUUCAUCGAUGCGGAGCUGUUCGUGGCGGGGCUGCAGCUGAUGCUUACGUUCAACCGUCCCUCGGAGGAGCUGCGUGUUGAUUACGGUGUUGCGGAGAUAGUGGACGGGACGGGCGAGGCGCUGGAAACGUGCCUGGAACACUUCCCGCCGUGUCGGUGGGAUUUGCGGCCGACCUAUCAGCGGAUCGUGAUGGGCCGGCUCGAUGCAGCGUGCUUUGGGCGGUGCGAUCAGCGCGAGGGCCUGUUCCGGAACGUGCUGCAUCUGAUCGAGCGUGACAUUGAGACGCAGCAGGAAGGAGGGGCAGGCAAUCGGCGUGUUGCAGCCGGUUCGAAAAAGGGCACGACCCGUCGUCGAACGUCCGAAGAGGAGGAUGAUGAUGCGAUGAUGUACAACUACAACACGUGGAUGCUGACCAACCGGAUGUGUUACGAUUUCGAUCGGCUGGCGCGCCCGGAACGCUUCCAGCGGUUGUUUGCGGUACUGCGCGUGUUGGUCAAGCUGCUCGAGAUGGACCUUGCCAUGUGGAUGCUGCGCAAUCCGACCAGAACGCAACAAAAUCUAUGCAAUCCCACGCGCAAUCCGCUGGUAGCGCAGCUCGUCUGGAACGGAGACUACGGCAGCGUGAAUCUGUUCGUCAAAAAGCUUUUCCAAAUGUUCAUCAACAUGAAUGCGCUUCAGUACCCGCAAGAGGACAUCGCUGUCGUAUCGCGCCUGCUGAACCUUCUCACGGUGGCGGUGAACCUGAGCGAGUUUCAGCACAGCGACGGCCAGAUCGAGUACCCGUGUGCCAAAGACAACAGCCAGCACUACGCCCGCCAGUUGUGGAAAACGCUCGAAACGUCCGGCUACUUCAGUAUUACGCUCGCGCUCCGGACAAUCCGUAACCUGCGUUCGCCUUUCCUGCGGUUGCGGCUGUCCGAGCACCUGCUGCAGAAGCUGAACCGUGGCGCACGCCUGUCCACUGUGCGCUGCUUCUUUAAGCAGCUGCACGAGCGCUGCUGGCUAGAGUGUAGCGACCAAGAGCCGGCGGAAGAGGGCGACGUCCAGCAAACCGAAACCAACCACUAUCCGGUGCUAAAUGCGCACCGAACGCGCCCGAAAGUUACCGAAAUGCAUCAGAAGCAGUACGUUGAGGUGCUGCUGACUGGGCUUCGGGCGUACUGUGAUAUGCACCAGCUGCCGGCCUACUUCAGGGAAAUUAUGACCCGUCCCGUGCAGGGCGGUGGCUGCAGUGUCUCCCCUUCGGACGAGAGUGCGCCCGUCGACGGGGCACGCAUUGUCGUGCCGAAAGCCGUGGACGACGAGCGGAUGAUUUUCCGUGGCAUUGCCAUCAGCGCCGACCUGGUGCUGGAGUACCGUGAUGACGUCAAGUACCUGCUUUUGAUCGAGCAACAGCUAAAAACGCUCCAGUCGGCUGAGGAACGGGCACUGUUUGGGGAUUGGUUUGCAUUCCUGUCGGAAGUGGAUCCCACGAUGGGGGCAGCUUAACGUCGUGAUACCGUGAAUAGGUUUAGCUGUAUGUCUGUUUUUUAUAUUAUUAUUUUUAAAUUAACCAUCACUAUUUAUGAGAGGCAUGAAGUGUUAUAAAUUUGUUCAAAGAGUUACAAACAAAAGCAAAAGCCAGCAAUAAAGGAUUACCAGCCCAUCAUGAUUAAGCGGGCAGCAGA